GGUGCUUCUGUUUUAUAAAGGCAGAGGUGAAGGUCUAAAGUGAAGCGUAGGCCGUGGGAGUGGGGGGAGGGGGAUGCUAAGGUGAGCAUGGUGCGUAGGAUAAAAGGAGUAACAAGUGAGGAGUGGAGUUUAGUGGCGAUUUCGUAAUUUAAGUGGGGAAUUAGUGGGUGGCGAGUGACGACAAGCCGCAGAAGAGAAGUGAAUUAUAGGGUAAGCAUGAUGGGCAGGAGGAUAAUGGAGGAGCGUCCAUUGAGGGGGUGCGUACUGGGGGCAUCCUGCGUAAGAUAGAAACCUGGCGCAGCAUAUAACAGCUAUAUAUAAGCCAGGUAUCAAACAAAAAAUAGCUCUUUUAUAAUUUUAUUCACCAUCUCCAUCUCUCUCUCAAAAGCAAACGGCUUGGUCUGCUUUCUCUCUCUACAAAGCAAAAGAAAAGCUUUGAGGCUUUUCUUUCUACUUCUCUCUCUAGCCUCCCUUUUAGGUGCUUUCUCUCUCUUCUUUCUCUCUCUAUAAUGGCACCACAUGUGGCUCACACCUCUGAAUUCAUCUCUGCUUCUCAUUUCUCACUCAGCCAAAGCGUCGAGUUCCACUCUUGAUGCACUAGGGCACCACUUGGCAAUGCUUUUUGUUCCCAUCUGAAACUUUCAUUCAUCUAUUCAAUUCAAUUUUGUGACUUCUUCGUAAGUUGAUCUCCCUGGAGCUCGGAUUUUCAUCCUCCAUGUCGUUCGAUAUAAGCUAGUCUUCGCAUUGUUGUGCUCCCUACAUUUCGCUACAGACUGUGGUGGAAAAGAGGAACAGUGUCCGGACAAUCUAAUGGCUGAGUGUGGAAACUGUAUCUUGUUGUUGCUCUGUUUCGAAAUCUUGAUUGUCGGUAUCGUGAUUUCAGUUGUUUGAGCGACUUUGAGUGAAUUGAGUUUGGGUUUUUGGGUAGAGGGGGGGAAGGAGGGAGGGGGGUGAUGGAUCGGCUGCUCCUGCCGACGGUAGGACCGCCAAUAAAGCGGCGAGCUGGGUUGCGGAUUAAACAGGCGGGUAGAGGAUCUUACAGGGGGAGCUAGGGGCAGAUGGAAAUCGCAGGAAAUUAAGCUUUUUUUUUUGGAGGUUUGGUUGACCCAAUUGAAGGAAAUUUUAGGGGCGUAUUAGGAUUUUGAGGGGGUGAAGAGAUGGCUACUGACUUGCAGCAAACGCUGAGAAGCCUCUGUUUCAAUACUGAGUGGAAGUACGCCGUCUUUUGGAAACUCAAACAUCGGGCUCGCAUGGUGUUGACUUGGGAGGAUGCUUACUAUGACAACCAUGACCAACAUGAUCCUUUGGAGGAUAAGUGCUUCAGCAAGACACCAGACACCUUGCAUGAUGGGCACUAUUCACAUGAUGCUCUUGGGUUGGCUGUGGCAAAGAUGUCAUAUCAUGUGUAUUCUCUAGGGGAAGGGAUUGUUGGACAGGUGGCAGUUACUGGAAAGCAUCAGUGGAUUUUUUCAGAUAAGCAUACAACUAAUUCCUCUUCAUCAUUUGAGUACUGUGAUGGGUGGCAAGCACAGUUUUCAGCUGGGAUUAAGACCAUUGUUGUUGUGGCUGUUGUUCCACAUGGAGUUGUACAGCUUGGCUCUUUACAGCAACAGGUUGUUGAGGAUUUGAAGCUGGUGUCUCGCAUCAAAGAUGUCUUCUUUGCACUUCAAGAUUCUUCAGUGGCUUAUAUUCCUCAUCCUAUUCAAUGUAGUAUGAAGAGCUCUUUAGCUAUGUCAGAUAUAUCUACAAGAGGUUCUGCUUCAGAUAUAGUCCCUGAUAGCCUAUUCAAUCUAGAUAAAGGCAUACACAAAGAAAGGCCAAAUGUAUGGUCUCCUAUGUUCCCAAUUUUUGGGAAACACAAUGAUAGUUCUUUCAUUUUUCAGCUGCCUGCUAUCCAUCAGAACAGGGCAGUAAACAUGUUCAAUAAGGAUGGAGGGCUUGAAUUAUCCUCAUCGCAGAGUGAUGAAAGCACCAAAUUUCUUCAGCCAAGAUCUGAAAACUUUGUUUUGGAGGGUCAGAAACAAGUGCAAAUGAAACUGAUUAGUAACACAAAGCGUGAAGAAGCUAGUGGUUGGAGGGAUGCGGAUGUGAGUUCUGAACACAAUGACACCUCAUAUCCAUACAAUUCCUUUAUGGAGAAUAUUAAUUCAUGUAGCACUGCACUUGCAGCCGAUAAGUCUCAAGUAGAUUUUGCAUGCUUCCCUUUUGGUUUCUUUGAUUCUGUGGAUUGUAAUAGAAUUAAGCUUCAUGGUGUCAAUUGUCAUGAAAAUGGGGUAUUGCACUUACCGGAUCCUUCAGAUAUGCAACUCCAAAAAAAUUUGGAAAAGAAGUUGGAGUUCCCAUCAGAAUUGAGUCAUGUGGACACAUCAUAUACAUCUUUAAGGUUCUCUGCUGGUAGUGAGCUGCAUGAAGCAUUAGGUCCAGCUUUUCUGAAACAGAGCAACUAUUGUGAUUGGGAAACAGAGAAGGCUGAAACCGAGACAACUAUUGAGUUGCCAGAGGGGAUGAGCAGCAGCCAAUUGACGUCAGAUUCUGGAUCGGAGAAUCUUCUAGAGGCAGUGGUAGCUAAAGUUUGCCAAAGUGGUAGUGAUGUUAAAAGUGAGAAAUCAUUCUGUCAGUCAAUGCAAUCUCUGUUGACAACUGAAAAAAUUCCAGAGCCUUCUAGCCAUACUAUACAUACUGUUACUUCAGCAGGUUAUUCAAUCGAUCAGUCCUCUCUUGUAGAAGAGACACAAAACUGCUUCAAAUCAUCAGAGGUAUGUGGUGUAACAUCUCAGCAGGGGAUUUCAUCAAUUUGUCCAAGUUCAUGUAGUGAGCAGUUGGAGCGGUCUGCAGAACCAUCUAAGGUCAACAAAAAGAGGGCUAGACCUGGUGAAAGUUGUAGGCCUAGGCCAAGGGACAGACAAUUAAUUCAAGAUCGUAUAAAGGAGCUGAGAGAGCUUGUGCCAAAUGGGUCAAAGUGCAGUAUUGAUUCACUGCUGGAGCGCACAAUCAAGCACAUGCUAUUUCUGCAGAGCAUCACGAGACAUGCUGACAAGCUAAACAAAUGUGCUGAAUCAAAGUUGCAUAGCAAGGAAACAGGUGUGCUAGGCUCCUCUAAUUAUGAACAGGGUUCAAGCUGGGCAGUGGAGGUGGGAAGCCAUAUGAAGGUUUGUCCUAUAAUAGUAGAGAAUCUUAACAUGGACGGUCAGAUGGUUGUAGAGAUGGUGUGUGAGGAAUGCAGCCGUUUUCUUGAGAUAGCUGAAGCCAUCAGAAGCUUGGGUCUGACAAUCUUAAAAGGUGUGACAGAGGCCCGUGGCGAGAAGACAUGGAUAUGUUUUGUGGUUGAGGGGCAGAACAGCAGAAACAUGCGAAGAAUGGAUAUCUUGUGGUCACUUGUGCAGAUUUUGCAACCCAAGCCUACAAUGUAACCAGCUAUGGCUGCUCAACUUUUGGAGAAUGAUGUGGGCCACCUGUGUACAAUAUCCAGAGUCAUUUGAGCUUUUGAUGGGAGUUCCUGGUCCACAAUGCUUGUUUGUAUGAUCUCCACGCCCACCACCAAACCGAUAUUUCUGUAAAGAGUUCCGUUUGUUUCUCUAAGAAGUGUGGAGAUGCCAUUUUUUUUUCCUGCUCUUUUUCUUUCCGUGCCCAAUUUUUUACUCUGUCAUUGUUUGGAAGUUUGGUGUUUAAUAAUCCAGAGUGCUUUGUGUAGUGUUUCAGUA